UCAUGAAAGUCCCAGUUUCCGGGUUUAGCCUUAUGAAUAUUUACUGUUAGCGUCCUUUGUCAGAAAAAAAUCCACAAUUUUUGUUAUUAUCCUUAUUUAAACACACGUUUAGAGUGAUGGAAGUUUUCAAGAAUGGACCACCAACUUUCACAUCCGAGGCUCCACAGUUCUAUAGAGAGGAGGAAGAGGAGAAAACAUUUCUGGAUGAGGAGCAGCCAGAGUUUCCACAGAUCAAAGAGGAAGAGGAGGAGGAGGAACUCUGCAGCAGCCAGGAGGAAGAGCAGCUGUUCCUGAAGCAGGAGAUCAAAUCUGAAUGUGAUGGAAUAUUUGUAGUCCAGUACGAAGACCUUUCAGAGAAAAACCUCUAUAGGGAAGAGGAGACUGAUGAUGAGCAGCUUCUCUGGAAGCAGGAGAGGAGCUCCAGUCUGGAUGAAGAGGAACCAGAGCUUCCACUGAUCAAAGAGGAGGAGGAGGAACAAUUCAUUAGUGAGGAAGAUCAGCUUGAAAUGAAGCAGGAAACUGAUGAUUUCAUGGUCACUGAGGAUGAUCAGGAAAAAAUUAACUACAAACCAGGACCAAGUGAGAGUCCAGUUCUGGAAGGAAGCACUCAGAUCAGUGAUGGUGUGACUGUCCAGCUGGACUCUCCGUCACAAGAGAGCUUAUUUUGGUGUGGAACAUGUGGGAAAGUUUUUCCCCGACGUCGCAGUUUGACUGAUCACAUGAGAAUACACACGCGUGAAAGGCUUCCUUGUGAAAUUUGUGAGAAAACUUUUUGCCACGCAAAUAGUUUGCUCUGUCACAUGAGAACGCACACAGGCGAGAGGCCUUUUACCUGUGAAGUGUGUGAAAAAGGCUUCAUUAAAAGGAUUUACUUAAAAAUGCACAUGAGAACCCACACAGGUGAGAGGCCUUAUACCUGUGAAGUGUGUGAAAAAACCUUCGUUCGAAGCUGUCACUUUAAAAUCCACAUGAGGACUCACACAGGUGAGAAGCCGUUCACUUGUGAAAUAUGUGAAAAAAGUUUCAUCAGAAGAUGUCAAUUACAAGUCCACAUGAGAACGCACACAGGUGAGAGACCUUUUACCUGUGAAAUAUGUGAAAAAAGUUUCACACAAAGCUGUCAAUUACAAGUCCACUUAAGAACCCACACAGGUGAGAGGCCUUUUACCUGUGAGGUAUGUCAAAAGAGUUUCACUAAAAGUAUUCACUUGAAGGUCCACAUGCGAGCUCACACAGGAGAGAGGCCCUAUACCUGUACAGUCUGUGGAAAAAGUUACGCUCAAAGCAGUUAUUUAACAGUCCACAUGAAAACUCACACAAGUGAGAGGCCCUAUAUUUGUAAAAUAUGUGGGAAAAGUUACACUCAAAGUUGUCACUUAUCUCUUCACAUGAAAAAGUCACAUAGGUAAGAGGCCUCUUGCCUAUAAAGUAUGAUAACGUUUCAAUGCAUCUCGUGAAAUGUACACAAAGCCUUCUGUGAUAUUUGUGGUAUAGCCCACAUGAGCACGCACACAGGUAAAAGGGGCCAUUCUUGUAAAAAAAAAAAAAACAGUGUAAACAUUUUUUUCCUGUUCUUUUUAUUAACUGUCUACAAAAGAAAUCACACAAAUGAGAGUGAUAAUACAUAAUAACAAAUGUUAUUAUGUAUUUUGUAUCUCACAUCAGAGGAACCAUAGUUUUACUAUACAAAAAAAUACAUUUUUGGAAGUUGUUCCAAAACGUUCUAAUUCACUGCACCAUGUUCUGAAUAUCGAGUAGGAUUUUUCCUCUUUUGUGUGUGAUUAGUAGUUGUACACAUGUAUCUAAAAAUAUGUAAUUAAACACAGCUAUGGUAAUCUCCUGAUGAAGAUUGAAAUGUGUUUAAAUUUAAAAUUUGACUACAUUUUAACAAAUGUGUAAAUUCUCUGGUAAUAAAACAUAAUGGCUGUUGGUUUGUUAUGAAUCUAUUUGUAAAUUUCAUCAAUUUAGAUCUAGUUUGUGUUUCUUUUAUCGGUAUUUAUGUAGAUAGAACAGAACUAAAGAAAAUCUGAAUGUAAUAUAACGGAACACGAUAAGAUUUUAUUUACACUCCGUGCAGUUUUUGUUUAAAUGACUGUUGAUCAUUUAUUCUUUAAUUGUGGAGUUAUAAAUCAAUUUUACUUAUAUUUUGUUCUUUAUGAUUAAGAUUAAAACAAUUUUAUUCUGUAUUUGGAAUUGUGUUGUAUCUUAUAUUGUAUUGUUAUAAAUGUUCUAUUUUGUAUUAUAUUUAGCAAAUGUGCAAUAAGUAAAUUAAAAAAAGUUGAUGAUUGUUUCUAACAUUGAACAACAAAAAGUGAACAAUCAUACUUAAUUAACCUUUUAUUGUUUUAAUGCAAAUGGAACAUUCAUAAUUUCAAAGUUACAAUCAUACCCUUCAUUUUUCUAUCUUUAUCAAUGAGGUCAAACAAUACAUGGACACAAUAGGAAACUCUGACAAUAAGAAAGCCAUUAAAACGUUCGAUCUG